AUGGCACCAGGGAAAUCAUUAAAUUUACGUGGUGGUUCAAUUAGUCCAAGUGCAAAAUCAUAUGAAACAUCAGUGAUUAAAGUUGGCGGUGAAAUAUUUGAUCCAGAUGGAUAUAGAAUGGAUGUGACUGUAUGGUUUCGACAUAGAAAUGAAGCAUUAUAUUAUGUAGACAGUGGUGGUAAUGUACACGGACCAAUGGAUCAACGACAUACUGCACGAUUAGGAAAUAUUAGUCGUAGUGGUCAAUUCAUUCCUGGAUCACGUUAUUAUCUUGGUGAUAAUAUAACAAGUGAACGGUUUAAACGACGUCAAUCUGAUAGUGGUGCAUGGGAUUCUCGUUCAGAAAUUCAUAAUCAUCAUGUUCACAAUGAAUUUCGUAGUCGUACUUAUUCUGAAACUAGACGUUUAAAUGAAUACUCUGAUAAUUCAAUGUCUACACGUUAUCAUAAUCAAUCAAAUCAACAACCAUAUUAUAAGACAACUGCAUCACAUAAUAUAUCAAAUCAUUCACCAUCACAUACACAUAUAUCACGUUGGUCAUCAAUGCAAACAACUGGUACACAAGGAUUAUGGAGAGGAACUAGUGGUGGACGAUAUGCUACUACUUUAACAAGGCAACAUAUUAAAAAACAUCAUGAUCCAAUUGAAAUGGUAGUUAAGCAUACACCAUCAGCUGGUGCAUCAAGAGUAGAUUUACUUUCAGUAGAUAAUCGUCAAGGUAGUUUACCACAUUUAGCCGCUUAUUCAAUUCAUAAUACAGGAGGAAUAAGUGAACGUGAACAAAAAUUACAAAAUGAAUUAUUAAAUACACAACGUGAAUUACAACACUUAAAACGUUCAAGAAGUUUAACUGGUGAUCAAAAUUUAACUCAUUCAACUACAUUAAAACAAACAUUGAAAUCAGGUUCUAGUCAAUAUUUAAAUGAUGGAUUUUGGACAACGUAUAGUUUAAAAAAGAAUGAAGGUCAACCAUGUGGUGCACGUAUUGCAGUUACUAACCAAUUGAUUCGUGGCAUAAUAGUACACAAGUAUUAUAAAAAUGUAUUAGUGUCCAAUGACAAAUCAUCAGAUAAUACUAACUCUACAGGUCAUAAUUUAUGA